AUGGCUUCCACCCCGCCGCCCACCGCUCUCUACGAGCCGUCAGCCGAGGGCAUCACCGUCAUAACCAUCAACCGGCCCAAAUCCCGCAACGCAGUCAACGCAGCCACGGCACGCCUCCUCGCGGAGGCGUUCCAGAAGUUCGAAAACGACAAGACGCAAAAGGUAUGCGUCUUCACCGGCGCAGGGGGCGAGGCCUUCUGCGCGGGGUACGACCUCCACGAAGUCGCCGGCUCGUCCUCCUCACCAGACUCCAACAUCGGCCCCAAUGCCUUCUCCCGCGUCAAGCGGGUGACGACGACAAACCCAGAGGAUCCGCUGGACGACGUCCUCGGCCCCAUGGGACCCUCGCGGAUGCUCACCUCCAAGCCGGUGAUAGCCGCGAUAUCAGGCCACGCCGUGGCUGGCGGGCUCGAGCUGUCGCUGCUGGCCGACGUGCGCGUGUGCGACACGACUGCCGUGCUGGGGGUGUUUUGCCGGCGGUUCGGGGUUCCGCUCAUCGAUGGCGGGACCGUCCGGCUGCCCAAGAUUGUUGGGCUCGGCCGGGCGCUGGACAUGAUUCUGACCGGACGGCCGGUUGAUGCGCAGGAGGCCUUGGGAAUGGGGCUCGCGAACCGCGUUGUCGAGAAGGGCAAGGCGGUGGAGGAGGCGAUGGCUCUGGCGAGGAGCUUGUUGACAUUCCCACAGGAGUGCAUGAACCUUGAUAGGCAGUCGGCGUACUACAGCACGUUUGAGGCGUCGAGUUUGAAGGACGCAUUGAGGUUUGAGCAUGACGCUGGCGUUGAGGUUGUGGCCAAGGAGAGUGUCCAAGGGGCAGCCAGAUUCCACAAGGGUCAGGGCCGAGGUGGAGCGUUCGAACCGGUCAAGGGAAAAUUGUAG